GCAUUAGGCUACUGCUGUGUCAAACAUAUGUUUUUGAAAAUACAUUUAACAGGCUACAGUAACGUUGCAGGCAGGCUGAAGGCGCGAGCAUAUAGUCAGCAGUGUAUUUAAUGUUUUAUGAAUAGUACGUUUUUUUUUGUUUUGAGUAAAUUCUGUCAUGGCUAAGAAGGAUGAAAAGUUAGCAUAACUUAAUAAAUAGCAAUGUAUACUUUACAAAAUAGCCAAAGAAAAUUAUUUUAUACUGAAUUUUCUUCUCUAGUGGGGAAAAAAAAAAAUUUCAACAUUCAUCAAUUCACUGACGUCAAUGUGAUUUUUACGUAAUUAUGCUCACUGGAUAUUACAACAGAGCAGCGUUUUAAACGUGCCUUCGCCAAACAUCCUCUUUUUUUCUGUGUGUACUCAGACAUUAUGAAACACGGACCUUACAAUGCGUUCUCCUCUAAUAGUCAUAGUAUGAGGCUAUAUAUGUGUAAUUUCCUAUAGGCCUAUAUCCGCUGUUGCUCUUUUGAAAGCAGACUAAUAAAAACACAGCGCGUACUGAAUACUAAGCAGCACUCUCAUUAAUGUUAUGCUGAAGAAAGAGGAAAAAUGUAUAUUCAGCCCUCCCAAGAAGAUCUGUACCUAGCCUGUGUACACGGAAAAAAUGAUUAUUCACCGAAUUUACUAGUUAUUUUUAAGGCAAGGGGUCGAAAUUUAGCUGCAUUUAAAUGAACAAGUUUAGCUGACUCGACAUUGCUUCUAAAUUAAAUGUAGCUUGAAAUCAAUUGUCUGCAACCACCUUAAAGUCAUUUAUUAUCAUAAACUGACAGACCCUGCUGUUUGUGUGCAGCUGCUCACAUCAGAACGAAAUGCUUUUUUGGGACAUAAUUGUUGUGAAUUUGAAUAGUUUACCUUUUUCCUAAUUUCAUUUUUCUUUAAACUACAUCUCCCACAAAUCCUAGUAAUUCACCUUUAAGAUCACCUCCAUAUAUGGCACACUACAUUACCCAUAUUCCCCCUGGUUGAGGUCUAUAAAUAGACCUCACUUCCUUCCUUUGUCCCCUUUUUGCAUUGGUGAGGUGUGGGUGUUUGAAUGGGCACCCAACCAUGUCCUUGAAUCCUUUCCUUAGGAUGUGUUAAUGACCAAAAAACAUCCUUUUCAUUCUGUCUAUCCUGCUAAUUCAUCAUGUUCAUCGUGGUAGUCCUGCACUAUGUGACUUUGUUGACUGCAUCUUAUGCUGAUUGCUAAAGAUUUGAUUCUUCUCAUCAAUGGAAUAAAAGAGAGCAAAGGACUGGCGCUGCUUACAGUGUUUUAAUCAGACACACCACCAAGUUUUUUUAACAAACCUUGAAUAAUUAACAUAAUAUUCAACAUAUGGUCCUUCGAGCCGAAGAGUAGAAAUUUGGUGAAAUGAAUUCUCAGGUAAGACCUGCAGCCCGGCGUAGUGUAAGAAUGAGAAGACCUCCUGCCCGUUUUGCAGACUGUGUGGUACGAGAACCUGCUCCUCUUCCACCUCCUUCCUCACCAACUCUAGUCGUAAGAGAUCAUCAACAAAUAGACAAUGGAAACGCUUGCCCCUUAGGACCUGCUACUUGCUCAUCUGUUCAAGGUGAAUGGUCUCAACAUGACUUGCUCGACAUGGAUGUUCAACAAGAAAUACUUGGACUUGGAGAGAUUUUCUAGAAUGUCACGGUUAGCAGUUUCUUGUAAGCGAUCUGAUUUAUCAGAGUCUUUUGAUGAUGUUUCUGAUGAUGAGAUUGUUGUUGAUAAACCACCUAUUGUUGAAGAAUUGUGUGCAUUUAAUAAGAAAGCUGAGCAGAAAUCCACAUUUAAGCAAGGUAAUUCAUCAACCACUCCAUCACCACUUCCUCAAACUCCUGUAGUUCCAGUAGUUCCUGACCCUGCUGAUUCCCAUUUCCCUCAAAUGCAAGCACUGAACAUCCCACAGUCAAGCAACUGUUUACCAAGUAAUCCCCUUUCCUCAUCUUUGGUUAAUACUCAGUUGCCUUCACAGAUCCCAUCAGUACAGUUAACUUCUCAGUCUCAACACAUUCCUCAUGUAUCAUCAGCUAAUGUAGGAUACUCUACGCAGUCACACUCUGUAGGUUACUCAGGUAAUGUUGUACAGCAAUCUCCAUUUGUUCAACCAAUUAUUUCCACUACCCAGGCAACUGGAGUCCCAUUUAUUCAUUCUUACCCAUGCCCCCAGCCAUAUUAUGCUUUACAACAAUCCACUUCUUAUCCCAUUUCUCGUGUUCAGGGACCUUCCUUUCCUUUUCUGUUGAAUGAUGAUCCUCAAGAAUUUGCUAUGUUGCAGUUAGCUCUGACUAAUCUGUUGUCCCCUUAAGAGUCAGAACAUUACAAAUAUCAUAUCUUGUUGGAUCAUUUAAGAUUCCCCCUUGCUCGUAACCUUGCUUUAGCUUAUGCUAAUGAUCCUAGACCAUAUAGUAUGUCUCUUCUUGCACUUCAACAGAAAUAUGGGCAACCCCGUCAGCUAGUUUUGAGGGAAAUCAAAGCCAUUCUUGCUCUUCCUAAGGUUAGACCAGGUGACAGCAGAGAAUUUAGUAGUUUUGCACUGAAGGUUAGAGCUUUGGUUGGCAUGCUGCAAUCUUUGGGCCAAGAUAAAGCUAAAUCAGAACUAACCUGUGCUUUUCAUGUGCAGCAACUUCUUAGUAAGUUGCCCAUAGAAUAUGUGACCAACUUUGCACGUUAUGCUCGUGCCAGCCUAAAUGGUCAAAGCUAUAAACGGAUUAAUUUUUCUGUCUGGCUCCAAGAAGCUGAAUGUCAAGCGAUGGCUGAUCAAUCUCAAUCAAAGAUCCAUCCUCACACUCGGACAGUUUUAUAUGGAGCUAAUGGUAAUUCUGUUGUAUCAAGAUCCAUAAAUAAGCAAUCCCGGAAUCUGAGAGAUCAAGGACAGAGUUCCAAGUAUUUGUGUGCAUAUUAUUCUAGUAGACAACAUUUCAUUGGCCCAUGUCCUCCUUUCAGAGCUUUAGAAGACAACAAAAGGGAUGAGUGAAUUAGAGAGAACAAAAGAUGUUGGAGAUGUGGGCUUAACCAUCUAGCUGCUGACUGUGACUUGAAAAAACCCUGUCCACAGUACAAAGGCCGACACCUUGGUGUCCUUCACGGUGUAAAUAGUCAUGGUCAGGAUAAUGGUGCGUUCUAUCUUAGUCGACUUGGAGGUUCCGGCAAGGUGCUCCUGAAAGUUGUUGAAGUACUUAUCCAUCAUAAAUCAUAUAAGACAUAUCCUGUUGAGACUUUAAAGAGACGUUUCAGACAUCUUCAAGAUUUACCACUUCCAGCAUUCUCUAACGUUCAACCACUCAUACUUAUUGGAGCAGACUAUCCACACCUGAUAAAUCCAAUUGACCAGGUGUACUUCGGCCCCCCGAAAUCUCCAGCCGCAAUUCAAACCAAAUUGGGUUGGGUACUUCAAGGUCCUAUUCCAAUUCCUAACACUAGUGAGAUGCAGUGUCUUUUUACCAUCACUAACCCACUCGAGGAUCGUCGUCACGAUGUAGAGAAAUUAUGGCAAUUAGACAUUCUUCCUUUCAGAAAUGAGAAAGCCAUUACUAGGUCCAAGCAGGACCAAGAAGUCAUAAACUUGUUAGCCUCUAAGACUAAGAGUUGAAGUCGAUGGUGUGCAGAGAUACGCCACUCCUUUAUUGCGUGCUGCUCCUACAAUCCAGUUACAAGCCUCGCCAAAUGCAGUUAUGUCUUCUCUCAGAAGUAUUGAGCGCCGCCUCCAAAGAAAUCCUGAAUCUGCUGUGGUCUAUGAUCAAGAAAUUGCGAAGUUGGAGAACUCUGGCUAUAUUUCAAAAAUAGAACCUCCUCAUGAGUCUUCGAACGAAUCAUGGUAUGUCCCUCAUCACCUUAUGGAGCAUAAUGGGAAACCCCGAAUAGUCUUCAAUUGUUCCUACUCAUAUAAAGGUAUGUCAUUAAACAACCAGCUCCUUCCUGGUCCACAGUUAGGCCCCUCUUUGCUUGGUGUCUUACAUUUCGCCAGCAUCCAGUAGCCAUUAGUGGUGACAAAAUCUAUGUUUCACCAAAUUAGGCUACUACCAGAAGAUCGCCCUCUCUUACGCUUUUUGUGGCACAACAUGCAGAGAUCAAAUCCACCCAAUGUCUACGAGUGGCAAGUUUUGCCAUUUGGCACAGUAUGUAGUCCAUGUUGUGCAACAUAUGCUUUGCAAAAGCAUGUCUGUGAUAACCAAGGAGGAAAUGAAGAUAUAGUGGAUUCAGUUCUUCAGUCACUCUAUGUAGAUAACUGUUUAGAGUUUCCCACAUGUGCAAGCUGCAAAGACCCCUCUUGACUGCACACGUUCCCUACUGAUGAGUGGGAGAUUUGAAAUCAGACAGUGGGCAAGUAACCAGCCUGAUGUUGAGACAUCUUCCUUGUGAAGCCAGGUCUGAGAGUGCUGAACUAUGGAUCAGUCACGAUCGUUUGGAUCCAAAGGAAGGAGCUUUGGGUCUUAGUUGGCAUUGUCCCUCUGAUUUAUUGGGGUACCGUUCUCGAACCGUGGAGUAUAACACCACAACUAUGUGGAAUAUUUAUAAAGUUCUCGCUAGUCAAUAUGACCCAUUGGGUUAUAUUACUCCCUUUUCAACAGGAGCUAAGAUCAUUGUACAGCAAUGCUGGAUGAAGUCUCGGGGUUGGGAUGACCCCUUUAUGCCAAGUCCAAUUCAACAGGCCUGGAAGGCUUGGGAAACAGAGUUACCUGAUCUGUCACUGAUACAGCUUCCCCGCUGUUAUUUAAUUUCACCAUCCGAGUUAAUUGUAUCCAGAGAGUUGCAUCUUUUGUGAUGCUUCAGAGAGUGCAUAUGGAUCAGUAGCUUAUCUGAGGAUGGAAACUGACAAGAGUAUGGUAUAUACAUCAUCAUGGCAAGAUCCCGAGUUGCCCCAAAAAGGCAAAUAUCCAUCCCUCGCCUCGAACUUUGCGCUGCUCUAACAGGUGCACAGCUCUCCAAACUUCUGCAAAAGAAGCUGACUCUUACUUUGACAAAUGUGGUCUUAUGGUCCGAUUCCACAACUGUUUUGUCAUUGCUGCAUUCCUCUUCCUGCCGUUAUAAAGUUUUUGUAGCUAGUCGAAUCACUGAAAUCUUGGAACUCACUGAUGUCUCUUCUUGGAGAUAUAUCCCUUCCCCACAGAACCCAGCAGAUGAUAUCACUAGAGGUAGAACGCUUAUUGAGCUGGCCAAUCCUGAUCACAGAUGACGACAAGGCCCGUCGUUUCUGAAACUUCCUCCACAACAGUGGCCUCAAGCUCCUCAUUUUGGAGGCUCAUGGGAACGAGAGAUCCGCUCCGUUAAAACAGCUCUCCGUGUUGUACUUGGCAGCCAAACAGUAUCCGAAGACGUCCUACGGACAGUUCUGACAGAAGUUGAAGGGGUUUUAAAUUCAAAGCCAUUAGGUUACACCUCUUCUAAUGUCGCAGAUCUUGAUCCCAUCACCCCGAAUCUCCUCCUCAUUGGGCGGCGAGAUUCUUCUCUACCUCAGGUUAUUUAUGCCAACGCUGAGCUCCUUGGCUGUAGAUCUUGGCGCCACAGCCAGGUCUUAGCUGAUCACUUUUGGACCUCCUUUAUUCGACAUUAUUUGCCAGGUCAGCAGCUCUGUCAAAAAUGGAAUAGAGAAAAUCCUAAUCUAAAUGAUUCUGCUGUUGUGUUAGUUAUUGAUUCCCAACUUCCAAGAGCAUCAUGGCCCAUUGGUAGGGUAGUACAUCUUUUACCUAGUCGGGAUGGACGUGUCAGAGUAGCUGAGAUUAUUAAUGGAAAAACGUAUGUAUGCCCAGUUGCUAAGCUGAUUCCGUUACCUCAAAUUAAUGAAUAAUAGCAAAUACAUGACCGUAUUUGGGGGCGGCUGUUGUGAAUUUGACUAGUUUACCUUUUUCCUAAUUUCAUUUUUCUUUGAACUACGUCUCCCACAAAUCCUAGUAAUUCACCUUUAAGAUCACCUCCAUAUAUGGCACACUACAUUACCCAUAUUCCCCCUGGUUGAGGUCUAUAAAUAGACCUCACUUCCUUCCUUUGUCCCCUUUUUGCCUUGGUGAGGUGUGGGUGUUUGAAUGGGCACCCAACCAUGUCCUUGAAUCCUUUCCUUAGGAUGUGUUAAGAAGCGACUCCCUGUGGACAGUAAGCAAGACAACAGCUCAAAGCGGAGGAUCCGUCACCAUUCCCUGUCACUACCAUUGGCUGUACAAGGACUCGCCGAAGUUCUGGUACAAAGGCAAGAGCUGGCUCACCAGCUCGAAACUGCGACCUACCAGCCAAGAGAAGCGACCCGCCAUCAGCUUUCUCAACAGCCCGGACGAACUGGUCACAAGCAUGACGAUGACAAACCUGCAAAGAAGUGAUUCGAACCGCUACUGGUGUGCAGUCAAAGCACAGGGUUCCUACUUGAGGACAUCUCUAGACCUUACCGUCACUGAGGGUACCCCCGAUCUGUCAGCGGCCAGCAACGCGGUGUCGGGUCAAGAGGGCGGCAAUGUUACCGUACGUUGUCUCUACAGUGACCGAUUUAAAGAUACGGAGAGAAAAUGGUGCCGAAGUGGAGAUCUGCACUCCUGUCAAACGGCUCAGGAUAUAGAGCCAUCCGCCGGUGCAGCUUUACAGAUAAAUGACACGGAUGAUGGCGUUUUUACAGUGACACUGACAGGCCUAAAGAAGACAGAUGCGGGCUGGUAUUGGUGUAUGGCUGGGGAAAUGCAAGUGCCUGUUCAUAUCAAUGUCCAUUCAAGACAACUCUCUACAGAUGCCAACACAAGACCUUUCACGUUUACGACAGCGCAGUCUUUCACAUCAUCUAACUCUUCUAAUGUUCACGACCACAAUUCAGUAGCAACGCUUGUACCUGCGUCUUCAAGAGCUUCAAGUGCUUCGACUCAGACAGAAACAACUGACCAGACAUCUACAGUUUCACCAAAGCAGUUUCAUCCAGCCACAACGCAGAGGUCUCCCAGCUGUAGUACCUUUAGUUCAGCACUAACCAGCAGAUCAACCGCUCCACAUACGGUUACUCUGUCAUCUAAAGAUGUGACAUUUGAACCCAAAAUCACUUAUGAAAGCAGAGACCUUAUUUGGCUGGCUGCACUAGUUUGUGGUGCACUGCUUGUAUUGAUGUUACCUGUGGUUUCCUGGAAAUUGUGGUCAUGGCAUAAAAAGGUAAUCACAGGAGUGGAAGCAACAGAAAUAACAACGGACCUCCAUACAAAUGACAGCGCUGAUCUGCUGGACAAUGAAUGGACAAAUGCUUCAGUCGUGCAGUUCACCACAGACGCAAACACUGUCCUAAUAACAUAAUCUUUAUUACGUCUCUGGGACACUCCUGCAGAGCUCAGUUUCAGUGCCUUUUAAUUGCACCUAAAUCAACUCAUCGAUCGGGUGUACUUGAAAAUUACAGCCAGGUGUGCCGGGACUAAACUCUGCAGGUAAGUGACUCUCCAGAAGUAACACACAAUAACCCUGUCAUAAAUGGACAGCCAGAAGAUGGUGCUCUCCACUUGUAUAGUGAACCUACAGCCUUUCCUGUGGUAUUUAUAUGGUUAAAAAGUCACUAUGACAACGUAUACCUAUUCUAGUCAAGUGCUCAAAAAAAUAACAAAUUCUUGAUUUAUUAAAGUGUUUUUUUAUAAUUAUU